AUGGCUGCGAGUGGAGGAAUUUACAAUUCAGUUAUCAAUGCUAGAAAGAUUGGAGCCAAGUCGUUUGCAGUUUUUUUAAAAUCGCCCAGGAGAUGGGUAUCGAAGGAUUAUACACAAGAGGAAAUUGAUAAAUUUGGAAUAUUGUGUGAAAAACAUGGAUACAAUCCCAGAACGGAUAUACUUCCACAUGGUCAGUAUUUUAUCAAUUUAGCUAAUCCCGAGAGCGAGAAGGAGGAGAAAUCCUACAAGUCAUUUGUUGACGAUUUGAAGCGAUGCGAACAGUUGGGGAUUGGGUUGUACAAUUUUCAUCCUGGGUCGUCAUUAGAUUCGGACCAUGGAGAAGCUUUAAAGAGGUUGGGAAAGAAUAUUAAUAGAGGAAUUAAAGAGACCAAGUUUGUUAAGAUUGUGAUUGAGAAUAUGGCGGGACAUGGGAAUUUAAUUGGAAGCAAGUUGGAAGAUAUUGGGAAAGUGAUUGAGAUGGUUGAAGACAAGGAGAGAAUUGGGGUGUGUAUUGAUACGUGCCAUACGUAUUCAGCAGGGUAUGAUAUUGAAGACGAGAGCAAAUUUGGAGAGUUUUUAAAGAAGUUUGAAGAGGUUAUUGGGAUGAACUAUUUGAGUAGUGUUCAUCUUAAUGACUCGAAGGCGCCAUUUAACUCGAAUCGAGAUUUACAUCAGAAAUUGGGGCAUGGGUAUUUGGGAUUGGAGAUAUUUCGAGUGAUUUGCAAUCUGGAGAAAUUUGAGGGUAUUCCGAUAAUUUUAGAGACGCCUAUAGAAAAGGGAGAGGAUGAUUUAAGGUAUGGAGAAGAGAUUGAGUUGUUGAAUUGGUUAAUUGGGAAAAAAAAAGAGGAUGAAGAGUACGUGAAGAAGAAAGAGGAAUUGAGUUUGAAGGGCAAGAAGGAACGAGAAGAGCAGAUGAAGAAGUAUUUGGUCAGGCAAGAGAAAGAAGAGAAAAAGCGAAAGAAAGAAGAGGGAGGUAAUACGAAGAAGAGAGGUAUAAGAGAGAAUGGGGAAGAUAUAUUGAGUCAAUUGAGCAAGAAGAAGAAGACAACGACGACGAGGAAGGAAAAGGAGGAAAAGAAGGAAGAUUGA